GUGGGUGGGGGUAGGGCACUGAGAUUCGAGUCAAAACUUGCUGGCAUGCAGGGGGCAGAGUGUGUGCGUACUCUGCUCCAGCAAGAGUUAACCAUCAGGCGUGGGUGCGGGAGGUGGGAGCUGUCAGUUACCCUGUGGGGAGCCAAUGGGCUCCGGCCUUUGAUUGACUUCCUCGUUGGGUUCCCCCACGCUCGAGGUUUGGAGUUCAAUGAAACAAAAUGCAAAAAUGAGGAGUGUGGCUCCACCUCUAGCCUCACGAUUGGUCGAGAACGCCGUGACGCCAAUGCCUUAAGGCGGCCAGGAACCCCAGCGUGGCUUGCAAUUGGUCCUAAGAGGUGCCAGUCAUUGACCUCCCUGCUGACCUGCUUUACCUAAGCUUUGUUGUCAAAGAGCGAAGCUGUUCCCGUAGGCAGGUUAUUAUUACUGAGGGAUUCGUGGAGCCAUGGCCACGGCAGCCUCCAACCUCUACAUGCCGAGCAGUAGUAUCCUCACAUCCAACUCCAUCGUCCCCACCGACUCAUCGAGCAUGCAGCAGGCGGGCACCUUCCGGGGCCCCCAGAAACUCAUCCAAAGUGACUAUCUGCAAGGACUGCCCAGCAACGGGCACCCCCUCUCUCACCAGUGGGUGACGGCUUUACCUGAAGGCAGCCCGUGGUCCGCGGCCAUUUCUCCAAGUCCCCUGAGCCAGCAAGACGUGAAGCCUGGCAGGGAAGAUCUUCACGCUGGCGCCAGUCUGCACCACCGCUCUGCGCACAUUGCCCAUCACUCUCCGCAUACCAACCACCCGAGCGCAUGGGGCACGGCCGCGUCUCACAACUCGUCCAUCACCUCGGUCGGGCAGCCUCUCAGUAUCUAUUCCCAACCCGCCUUCACAGUCAACGGCAUGUUGGAGCACGUCGGGCCGCCGCCACCGUCUGCAACCGUUGGCCAGUCAAUGCACCCGGGUCUGAGGGACAGCGCCGAGCACGGGGAGCUGGCACACCACCACUGCCACGACCACUCAGACGAGGAAACCCCCACAUCUGAUGAGCUGGAACAAUUUGCAAAGCAGUUCAAACAGAGGCGGAUUAAACUGGGUUUCACCCAGGCAGAUGUGGGACUGGCACUGGGAACCUUGUACGGAAACGUCUUCUCACAGACAACCAUCUGCAGGUUCGAAGCCCUGCAGCUCAGUUUUAAGAACAUGUGCAAACUCAAGCCCCUGUUGAACAAGUGGCUGGAGGAAGCAGACUCUACCACGGGCAGUCCAACCAGCAUCGACAAGAUAGCGGCUCAGGGCAGGAAACGAAAGAAGCGGACUUCCAUAGAGGGAAAGCUAGACACUCGCAGAACGGCGACUGACCUGAACACUAACUCCAUGACGUCCUACACCGAUGCUGUUUCCACGAUUAUUUUCUGUUUCCAGAUUUCCAUCAUCUUCAAAAUGUCGCCCGUGUCUUCAGUUUUCUUUAAGAUUAUUUUCUGAAUAUAGUGGAGUUUGGUUAAGAACAGGCAGGUGACAAGAAAUGUCCCACAACAUCCAUGCCAAGUAGUAAGGAGACCAAAGUACAGCCCAAGGUGUGAAACCUGCUGUUCCGACCUCUCUGCUGUUGGCACCUGGUACUGUACAAAUCGGCCCUGUCAAAACCACCCAUGUGGGGGGGAGACCCUCAUGAUAGGUUGAUUAAAUGCCUCUCGAUGUAAAAAAAAACAUGUUAAAAGCAUCACCAUUUAAUUUUGUUACAUAUUCGUUCGCUAUAAUCAUCAGUGGCACUGAAAGAAUUAACGAGAUUAUUUCACCAGACUCUGCUAACUUCUGUUUCAUCUAGCAAUUACAUACUAAGAAUUUUGCAAAUUUUGGAAUCAGAGCCUUUCACACCAGUUGCUAUAGGAUAAUAUUUUCCAUUAGCUGCUUUUUGAUUUGAUUUCAGUUCACAAAAUAUUUGUGUCAGAUCCCAUAAGGCUUCCUUUUUGCACACAUUGGGGUAACAAAUAAAAGUUCCUGUGCUUGGAUUUUUGUUUGUGCAGCUUGUUGAAAUGUAAUCCUUGACUCUGUCAGCACAGAAGAAAAUCAUUAGCAAUAACUUGGCAAUACGUAUUUUUUCAAAAACCUUGGUAUACCAUGCAUAUUUUCUUAAUAUGCAAAUACCCGAAUUCAAUUUGCUCUUUUUUUUCUAUUUAGUGAGUAAAAUUGAGCCACAUUCUCCAAGGCUCAUAGUUAAUAUUUUCCAAUGAAAACUUGUCUUUGUUUUGAAAAAAAUUCAGAUCCUCAUUUAAGAUUACUUGCACCUUUUACACUCAAUAUAUCGUGAGAUAUUUAACUGCCAUUGCAGUGAUUUUUCAGAGCCAGGAAUUUGAGUAGGCCAUCUGGCUCUUAAGCUUGUUCUGAAAUUGGAUAAGAAGAAGGCAGAUCUAAUUUGCCUCAAGACCACUUUCUUACUCAGUCCUCAUACCCUUUGACUUCCUUGUCAUUCAAACGUCUUGUUAAUCCCCACCUUAAAAUACAUUGUGUCCUUCCACAGCUAUGACAGAGAAUUCUAAAGAAUCAUGAUUAGGAGAGAGAAAGAAAUUCUUCCUCAAUUCCAUCUUAAAUUGAUGACUCCAUACUCUGAAACUGGGCUCCAUAGUUAUGAGUACAACACCUCAGCCCAGCUCAUCUAAACUGAUCCUUUUUGCCUGCAUUUUGCCCAUCACGAUAAAACUUUCCAGUCUAUGUGUCUUUUAAACAUUGUUAUUGUGUUUGCCACCACCACUUCCUCAGGCAGCUCAUUCAAUCUACAUAACACCCUCUGAGUGGGUAAGAUGCCCCUUGGUUCACUUUUAAAUCAUUCUCCUUUCACCUUAAACAUAUGGCUUCUAGUUCUCGAUUCCCCAACUCUGGGAUAAAUAUACUUUGCAUUCACCCUGUCAUGAUAUCUCAUGUGCCAUUCAUGCCCUAUAACGACAUCCCUUAAUCUCCUGUCCUCCAAGAAGUAAUGUCCUAGGUUGCACAAACUCUCCGUAUAAAUCAGGCCUUUAAGUCCUGGCAACAUUCUUGUUAAUUUUCUUUCCAUUCUUUCCAACUUAACAAAGUGACCAAAAACUAUGCAUAAUGCUUCAGGUGGAGUCUCAUUUGUUCUAGAUAUGUGCUCACCAAGAAGGAUAUUCCCUCCGCAUCCACCUUGCAUAAUUCCAUAAGAUCACCCUUCGUCUUCUAUAUUUCAUGAGUACAGGCCUAACUUCAACUUUCCUUUGGACGUAAAUGCUGUCGUCACAGGAGUCAGUCCAUUGGAGAUGUUGUGCAGUAACUCCAAAGCAAUUGCAUUCUUUCUUAAGUACAAAGAUCAAAGUUGUACUACUCUCAGCUUUUUUUGGGAUCCAUUCCAGAAUGAAUCAUGGAAAUUGUAAAUAGCAUUUCUUCCCUGCUGACUGAAGAAGAUUAUCUUGCAGGAGUUAUUCACAGAGUUGAAUGACAUUUGUAGUUGCUGUUAGAUUUGUGUUCGAUUUCCUCACCUGGUGUGCACAAAGGUAGAGGCACCAACCUUGGGCUCUUGGUGGGACUUUGAGUCCUUUGCUAGCUGCAGAUACCUGGUGCUUUUCAGCACUUCACUCAAAAACUUGCAUGCAUCUAGAAACAACAUUCCUUUCCUCACUAAUAGAAGUUCAAAAAUCACAUCAAACCAUGUCAAUAGUUACAAAGCCUGUAGGCAUCAGGAGGUGUUAGAGUAAUACUGUACUAGUCGAUGCUGACUAUGAAUUUGGGAAACUAUGGAAGUUAAAGGUUGGCUGCAUUGCACCAACUCCUUAUAAUGAUUCAUCAAAAUGGCUCCAUUGCAAAAAACACCAACAUUCCAUGAGUUUUCCUGAUUAUGGUAACCCUUUGUUUAUUCCCAUUUCAAGAAAACUGAGCCCUUUAUGCUAUAAAACCCAUCUCAUUCUGUUUAAAUAAUCACUUAAUUGUUCAGACCAAAUGGAUAACCUCAUAGGUUCCAGUGGUAUACUUUAUUUGCCAAAUUGUUGCCUAGUCUCACAAUCUAUCAAUAUCCCUUUGGAAGCACUUAGUGUACUCCACAAGUCUUGCAAACCUACGCAUCUUCACAUCCUCAGUAAAUUUGAUAACAGUAAUUUUAGUCCCUUCAUCCAUGUCAUACAGAUUGUAAGUGUUUAAGGCCAGCACUGAUCCUAGUUCCAUCCUAGUGAUUACUGAUUUCCAAUCCAAGUUUGACCCAUUAAUCACAAUUCUCUGUUUUCUGUUACUUGGUCAUUUCUUUCAACCCCAUAUGCCCUUGUCUUGUUUAUUUAUGCAAUACAAUAUUAAAUUCCUUCUGAAAAUCCAAAAUAAACUAUAUCUACCUGUUCCCCUUUAUCCAUAGCAUUUGAUGCAUCCUCAAAAAACUCUAGCACAUUCAUCAAACAUCAUUUCUCCUUUGUUAAACCACAUUGACGCUGCUUGAUUGUUCUAUUAAAUUCUGAAUGUUCUAUUAUCUCCUUAAAAUGGAUUCCAAUAUUUUCCCAGCAACACGUAUUAAGAUAAAUAAACUAAAGUUUUCUCCUUUCUGUCUCCCUCCUUCUUGAUAUAUAUUUGCAGUUUUUCAGACAAGCAUACUUUAUUGAUCCCGAGGAAAAUUGGGUUUUGUUACAGUCGCACCAACCAAGAAUAGUGUAGAAAUAUAGCAAGAUUCCUGUGAUGUCUCCAGAAUUCAAGGAAUUUUGAGGGAAUGUAACCAAGUCCUUUAAGACCUAAAGGAGACAGGCCUCCAGGUACAAAGGAUUUGUUGGCUUUUGGCCCCAGUAGUUUGUCCAGUAUAUUUGUUUUCAAGUGCUAGAAAUAGCUUUAUGUUCAUCAGGCUCUUAAUUAUCUAUUAUUAUUUGAAUAUUUUUAGUCUCUUCUAUCAUGUAUAAAAAGCAAACAUUAGAACCAUUUUGCUAUUUUCCAUCACUAAACCCCAGUUUCAUCCUCUUGGGAGCCAACAUUUACUUUAGUUAGUGUUUUCCUUUUUUAUAUACUUAUAGAAGCUCUUAUUGCAUGUUUUUAUAUAAAUUGGUUUCAAUAUUAUUUGCAUUCGUUAUCAUUUAAUCCUUAGUCAUCCUUUUGCUGGUUUCUAAAAUUUCCCAAUUCUCUGUCCUACUGUUAGUCUAUGCAACACUGUAUUUAAAGUAUAUUCAGUGGUUAUGUAAACUCACUAACGACAUAUAAUUUUAUAUCCACAUGACUCUGUUAUUCUUUUAUAAAUUUUGUGAACUGGAAGUAGAACAUAGUCAUGAGAUUUCUGCUGAUGCAGCAUAUACUCCACAAGCUAAAUAUAUGAUUUAAGAACAAGUUAUUCCAACACAUCUGCGUGUGACUAACUUGAAAAAUCUAAAAUUAAGGCUAAACUUUGAUGUUGUUUAAGAAAAAAUGUUAUUUCAGUUAAACCUCAUUAAUUACAUACUCACAAUAAUCCAUUUCAAAUAUAUUCUGUAUAACUUCACAAUGUACAAGGGGUGAUUGAUAAGUUCAUGGCCUAAGGUCGAAGGAGUCAAUUUUAGAAAACCGAGUACAUUUAUUUUUCAACAUAGUCCUCUCCUACAUUUACACACUUAGUCCAGCGGUCGUGGAGCAUGUGGAUCUUGGACCUCCAGAAAGUGUCCACAGAUGGGUGAUAAGUUUGUGACCUAAGGUAGAAGGACAUGAGUUAUACAGCUCUCGUUACAUGCAGUUCAGCUAUUUCAGUGAUUGAGCAGAAAGUUUAAAGUUAAUAACUCA